AUGGAAGACGUAAAAGAUGAGCUUGUUGAUGUUUUGAUGGAAUCUGAUACUGAGAAUAUUACGGAGUUCGUGAAUGUAGUCGAAGACGAAAUAUCAGGGGGGGAUGGGUUACAAGUGCUUGAGGUGGGUAUGCUAUUUAAGCAUGAAGAAGAUAUAUAUAACUUCUACAAAAAAUAUGCUUACGCCGUUGGUUUUCCCGUGAAAAAAAGGAAUUCGAAAAAGGGGGAGGACGGAGUAUUGAGAUACCUAACGUUAACAUGUAGUCGUGAAGGACGAUUAAAUGGUAAUAUUAGUAGUUCACUGAAGCCGCAACCAACGGUUAAGUUAUAUCGAUGCAAUCGAACUUUAACUGCACAUGUGAAAAGGAAGCUUGAAGUAAAUGAUUUAGCAGGGAUUCCAUUGCAUAAGAGUUACAAUUCCACAGUUGUAGAAGCCAGUAGAUAUGAGAAUAUGACUUGCAUUGAAAAAGAUUGUCGGAACUAUGUCGAACGAGUUAGGCGAUUACGACUUGGAGAGGGCGAUGCUGCAGCAAUACAAUCAUACUUUUCAAGAAUGCAAGCUCAAUAUAAUCAGUGUAGGCUAGCGUACAAGGAGUUUGGUGAUGUGGUUACUUUUGAUACCACCUAUCUUACUAAUAAGUAUGACAUGUCAUUCGUCCCCUUUGUUGGCGUCAAUCAUCACGGACAGUCAACAUUACUUGGUUGUGGGUUGCUAUCGAAUGAGGACACUGAGACCUUCGUAUGGUUGUUCAGAACAUGGCUUCAGUGUAUGUAUGGUGAAGCUCCGCAGGCCAUAAUUACCGAUCAGGAUAGAGCCAUGCAAAAUGCAAUUGAGAUUGUCUUCCCGCAGACAAAGCAUAGAUGGUGUUUGUGGCAUAUUUUGAAGAAGCUCCUGGAAAAGUUUGGAUACCACGUGGAUUAG